AAGAUAUAUAUCUAAAUGAAAAUAUUGCUCAGUGUGGGCUUAGUGUUAAACAUUUAAAUGAGAACUAUCCAGAAUCGGUAUCGACAUAAAGUAUAAUAUUAUGGCAUGACGAUCUAGACAUUCUUAGAACUUGUUAUUUUAUGUUCAGGAAUAUAUCGGACUUACAACAAACGACUUAAUAAUCAGUAGAAGCAGAGAUUCUCUGAAGAAGAAGAUAUGACGGAUGAAAAGAAGGAUCCCGAAAAAAUACCAGAGAAUGAAGAUUUGUUGUUUGGAGGUCAAGUAAAACCGUAUGAGAAGUCACAAAAGGCUGUAGGAUGUUGCAGAUGUACAAAGAAAAAACUACUUAUACUGGCAGUAGUUUUGGGGAUGUUGCUGUUGUAUGGAAUUGGGCUUGCCAUAGGGCUUGCAGUCGGGCUGAGCAGAGAUGAGGAGGAGAAGCCCCAGAAACCUGAAGACGUUCUUGAACCUGUAGGAGCUGUUGUGUCCGAUCACGAGGCUUGCUCUGAUAUUGGCAGGGACAUCUUAGCUAGAUACGGCACGGCCGUAGAUGCAGCAAUAGCAACAUUGAUCUGCAACGGUGUUCGAACCCCGCACAGCAUGGGGAUCGGAGGAGGAUGUACUUUUGUCAUUUUUGACAAGGAAUCGUCUGGUGCGGCAACAAUAGAUGGACAAGCUAUCUCUCCUGCCUCUAUGACCGAAAACAAAUAUACUCGAUUAAGUGUUGAAAGUAUAAAUGCUCGAAGAAUAGCCGUACCUGGUGAACUGAAGGCUUACAAAGAGGCUCACACUAGGUAUGGGCGGCUGCCUUGGAAGGACCUGUUUGAACCAACCAUCCAGAUGAUACGGGCAGGAUUUCCCCUGUCAGGGGCCACUGCCGACGCUUUGAAGUAUUUAGUAUCAAUUAAUAAUGACCAGUAUCUGACAAAAUUUCCGGGACUUUGUGAAAUAUUUUGUGCGAACACCACAACUGGGGAACCCAAGAAGGCAGGAGACACCAUCCUGUGGCCUAAGCUUGCAGAUACAUUACAGGGCGUGGCGGAUGAAGGUGUAGAUUACAUAUAUGAUAGUCCAUUAACAAAUACAAUUGUGGACGAAAUAAGGAAGGAAGGUGGCAUUUUAGAUAUAUCAGAUUUUAUUAUGAAGUAUGAAGUGAAAACGGGCAAUGCACUAGAAGUUUACCUGGAUAAUAGUACAUUAUACACCAUGGACGGUGCCACAGGAGGACCUAUAGUAGCACUUAUACUUAACAUUUUAAAACGAUAUGAAUGGUUGGAUAUGAACACAUUGGAAGGAGAGGUUGAUUUUUACCACAAACUUAUAGAAGCCAUGAAGUUUUCUGAUGCUGAUCGAAUGCGUCUAGGGGACCCUGAUUUUGAUAAUACCACAUGGAUAUUAGAGAAGAUGCGCUCAGAAGAAUAUGCGGAUAUUUUACGUACAAAAAUAACGGAGAAAACUCAUGAAAAGCCGUAUUAUACGGACGCUACCGGAAGCUUCGGAGAUUUGAUGGGAACUUCACAAGUGUCCGUGUUGAGCCCGUACGGCGAUGCAGUGUCUGUUACAUCCACUGUCAACUGGUAUUUUGGAUCUAUGAUAGUUUCAAAUGCUACUGGUAUAAUAUGGAACAAUGAAAUGGACGAUUUUGACACGGAUCCAGCACGCAGUACCAGCGUGAAUCGUAUAGAACCCGGGAAGCGACCGCGCUCGUCAAUGGCACCCUGUAUUGUUGUCGAUAAUCAAGACAAUGUUAAGCUGGUUACCGGCGGAGCUGGCGGAUCAAAAAUUGCCACCUCUGUGGCACAGCUGAUAGCAAAAACCUUACUGCUCGGUAUGCCGCUGAACGAUGCAGUUGACUCGAAAAGACUUCACCACACUUUGAAAGACAAUCAAUUGUCCCUGGAAAAGGGCUUUCCGGAGGAGAUAAAGAGACUAUUAACUGAAGAACGGGGACAUAGAUCUAGUUAUUCCAGUAGUAAUAUAUUUUCUGUAAUUGAGUCUAUAUUAGUAGACGAUAAAGGGGCACUACUUGCUUACGCGGACCCGCGAAAACUGUCAGGAAAAGCAAGUUACAUGUACACUACUGUGAAACAGAAAAGUUAAUACACGCGUGUGGUGACUUCUUGUGAUCUCUUUAGAUUUUGAUCAGCAUUUGUAAAGGCAUUUAAGUAUGAUACCAUUCAUCUCGGAACAAAUCAACACACAACGGCUUAUAGUGCUUAUCAAGGUGGCAUCUGAUUAGAGUUAGCUUUUGUUCUGCUUUUAGUUUAUCUUAUUGAUAAAGUUGACGCAUGCGCAUUUAUAAGAAAGAGUAACGGUGGCAUUCAGUGCAACUAACGCUUGCCAGGGUAGAUGUCGACGUAAAAAAGUCCAACAAGUAAAUAUUGAAACAGACAUUGCAGAGACAGGUCAUUCACUAGACAUGCUCACUUACUUUCUGUUCUAUAGAAUGUAGGGACACUGGUCAGUACAUGUAUAUACUAAGUAUAGUGACUUUUAUGUUUUGUUCCUUUAGAAAAAUCUCUUCUGGGAACUCUAGUAUAAUUGGUAUAACCUUAUUUGUUGGUGCAGUUUUCAUGCUAAUGUGGAAGCUUCUAUACAAAUAGACUACUAUGAAACAGACCGUGACAAGAAAUCGGAAGUUAGGUGUUGUGUUCAUAUAUGUUGACUGACUGCUAGUACCUUUGACGGCUUCAGCGGUUCGCAUAAAAUGGUUACAGUUUUUGUGACUGAAGACCCGUAAAGUGACAAAAUUGCUGCACAAUUCAAGGAGAACAGAAGAUAUGUUUAAAUAAAUGUAAACAUAAUUUAUCGUAAUUUUCAUCACUAUGUUUGUAAAUUUUAAAUGACCGAUGAUGCUUUUAUACAACUUGAAUGUAAAGAAUAAAUUAUUAUUUAUA